GACGCCAUUAAUUUUUAGAUAGUGGUUUAUAGUUGUGUUUCGUUAGUCGAAAAGAAAGGGUUUAUUUAUUCAAAGAAAUGGCGUCACCUUUAAAAAAGAUUAAACUAACUCCAAAUAACGAAUUAUGCACAAAAACUACAAGUUUAACUCAAGAAACUAUGGUAACGAGCACACCUAGACGUUGUUUUACUCGAACAAUCAGCUCUCCAAGUAUUUCAUCAAUUAACUCUGAUCAUGCAACUGCCAGUAACAUUUCGGAAUCAGCCAGAAGCAGCAUUUCAAGAGCUUCAAGUUUUGUAUGUGAAUAUUAUGGUGAAAACUAUGAUAACUAUUUUGAAAAACACAAGAGACCUCUAUACAAAGGACCGAUUUGGAAAAUUUAUGAACCGAUUGAAGAUAAUAAUUUGUAUGCUAAAAUUUUGAAUAGUCCUAGCAAUACACAGUUUGUUGUUGCGGACCUGUUGAUUACUUAUAACUCGGAUCCAGAUAUUGUCAUCAAAGAGUUAAUUCAACUUUGCGUUGAUGUAGCCGGUUUUCAGCAUUUCAAUGCAAAGCAACAUUAUAGAAUUGGCAGUUGCCAAGAUGAUAGCAAGAAUAUUGUAAAGAAGCUAGAAAGUUAUGAAGUUAUUGAACAACAACCGGAACUUGAGGAAAAUGGAAGAUAUUUAUUGAUGGAAAGAAGCACGUAUUUUGUCAAAUAUUUAAAAAUGGGACUGUACAGUUUUUUACAAAAUCUCAUACAAUCAGCUCAUAAAAUGGGAGUUCUUUAUGAUUCCAUCUUACUGAAGUGUUUUACAGUAUUUUUGCGGAGUAUGGAAGAAAGUGGUCUUAAAUGUGUUCGACAUACAGGAGUCGUAUUUGCUGUGAAAAUCCUUACCGCUAUAGUUCUGGUUUUCAAUAAUAUCGUGAAUGAUCCCGCUUAUGAAUAUGCAAUACGUCAUAACACAGAAAUAGUGGAGGAACUCAAUAAACGUAAAGAUAAACUACAAUGUUCCAUAGCAUCAUUAUAUUUCAUUUUCCAUAGAAAUUGUCUCAAUCAGGAUUCUGCUGUAUACAUGAUGAGAAUGGAAUGCAUAAGAGAAGCUGAAAUUUGGACGAAAUAUUUUCCUAAAUUAUUCGUAUCUCAUUUUCAAGUAAUAAAUGUAAUAAUAAAAUUAAUAACCGACCCGUCAAAAGAAGUUAGACUUUUCGCACUGGAAGCAUGUGGAAAUAUAUUUGGGAUGAUCAAGGUUAUUGAAUUUGUGAGACCCGUUAUUGAAAUAUUAAUUAAGGCAGUAUCGCAGAGAUUUUAUGACGUCAAUAUAGAUGUAGCUGUCAAAGCUAUAAAUAUUUAUACAUAUCUCCUAGAAAUAGUUCCUGACUUAGUAUCACAUGAAAUGAUAGCCAAAAUGAAAAAAUUAGUUUUUGAUGAACAUGCUCCAGUAGGACAGGCAGCUUGUAAUUGUUUGUUAGCCUUUUUUCACAAGAAUGCUGCAAAGUCAAAUCAUCUUUUACUUGCUUUGGCAAACAUACUUAUUUAUGAAGAAGGCGAUUGCAGUAAAGAGCUUCUAGUAGAAGGUUUCCUCUAUUCUUGUGAGCAGAUGCAAAACUGGCCAUUAUUCUGUAAAUGUAUCUUAAGCGAUAAAAUAAGCGAUCAAGAACGGAGAGCUAUUUCUGAAAUAUUUGCCGAAGCAGUGAAACAACGAUUAAAAGGGAAACCUAAAGUUAAUAGACUCAUGUCGAAAAACAUUAUUACCCCGGACCCAUCUGCCCAUCAACCAGUUGCUGAAGUUUUAGACACCAUAAACAUAAUAAUUUUGAAUACAAAUGAUAUGCUAAUAAUUAUAAAUAUGUUGGAAGUGAUUCUUCAAGUCCACAACAAUUUCCUGGAUAAGAAUUUUUGUAGGGAAUAUAGUGAUAUUUCCGAAACUAUUUUACAAUUAUUCAAUCAAUAUUCAAACGAGAAUUUAUUGAAGCAUUCAGCCGAAGUAUUGAAACACCUUAGUGACAUUCCUGAUUUUGCUGAACGAGGUAGAAGAUUUGCUAGAAUACUUCAUAAGAAUCAUGCUAACAAGCUUAAAGCAUUUUUAAAAGAACCAGACAAAAAAGGACAAAACUAUGCUCUAAAAGUAGCUAUAUUGUACAAACAUUUCAAUUUAAAUGAUUUGUUUUCUUUUGCUGAACUUACUGAUCCUCUGGAGGACGCUGAUUCAAAGACAGUGUCUUUUCUUUUAAUAUGUUGUAAGUGGUACCUUAUAUGGGAUUUGAGAAAAUUGGCCGAAAACAACGGAGGAGAUCAACAAGAGUUACAAAAAUCAGUUGUGGCGUUACUAAGCAAGUGUAGGAUAUUUAGUAUAAUAUGUUUCAAUUUAUUCCAACAUUCUGAUGAUAAAACAUUAAUUUUGGAGGUGUUCUCGACAGUUUGUGAAUUUUACUAUUUAUUUACGAAAGAAUUGAAACAUCCAAUACAACUUAAUACACUUUUUAAAGAUUUAGAAAUAAAAAUUGAUAAUCCAAACCAAGGAAACAUAUUGGUAAAGUUAUUGGAAGAAAAUGUCAUAUGCAGCAAAAUUAUGCCGUUAACAGAACGUCAGAAACACGUGAUUAGUUAUGUUGAUAUAAUAAAUUGUGGCGUUCUCCCACCAGAAUCAUUUGUUAACAUUUUCAAAUAUUUUUAUUUGUACAACAAAGAAUAUGGUCAUAUCAUCGAACAUUCUUUAACAGAAUUGAGCAAGUACAAAGACAGUAAUGUAAUACACUUUAUCGUAGUGUACACUUUAAUUUCUGUUUACGAAAAAAUGCUUGGAAAGCACGGAGUUGUUGAUCCUAGAUCAGAAGAAGGAGUACAAUUGAAAUUACUUGCCAAGCAGUUUGCGACUUUCAAACAUUUCCAUGAUCGUAGUAACUUGUUCAAGCUAUUGUGUCUUUUGAUUGAUUAUGCAUUCAAGGAUGAAACAAACCUAAGUUUUUUAGGCAACACGAAAUGUUUUGUUACUCUCUUGAAUAAUGACGAAGAUAGGAAGAAAAUAAAAACUGUAUUUAACAAAAAAGUUAUCAAGGAAUAUGAAAAAAAUGAUGCUGUGCUCCAUUUUUCCAUGGUUUUAAAUAGUGUAACCACGUCCAAGGAUAGUAAAAAAGUUAAAAAACCAAUACCACCUAAAAAAAAGAAAACCGUUUCCAAAGAGAACCAAAAGCCCAAGAAACCGCGUCUACAGAAAAAAAGUCCGAAACCAAAAAAACCAACCAAAACUAAAAAACAGUCUCCAAAGAAACGACAACCAACUCGUACAUUAGCGAUAGAAUCGGAUUCCACAAGUGUAGAUAAUGAUAAUAUGAGUAUUCAUGAUACUGAAAGUGAUGAUAUUGAAAAAUCUAUGUCCGAGCUUACGAUUUAAUUCUUAUAAUAAUUAAGUUUGCACUUGUCCAUUUAAAAGAGUUGUUAUAUUUUUUAUAUUAAUGUUUAAGUAUAUUAUACAUAGAGAAAAUUUUAGACGUGAAACAUUUUUUUUAGAAACAGCGCUUCUCUGUAUAAUUUCUUUAUUAUGAAUUUUGUAAUGUUGGGUCGAUAUUAUGUCAGAUCUCACGUUUUUCUGUUAGUAUAGUAAUGAAAAAAAAUAGAAAUGAAAAGUACGCUGGUGGAUGCAAGGAUUGUAUCGAAAGUAUUUCACUUCAGUUUUUUAGACAUAUUUGUGAAUCAACUUACGAAAACUUUGGUUAUUCAUUGCUCAAAACGCAGAGAACAUUUGAAUAUGAAAAUGUCCUUUCCAAACUGUUUUGUUUUAGUUUCUCUACCUCUUCCAAUAUAUCUUCUUCGUUUUUUUCAUGUUCUAAAUAUGGAAGGUAAAGGUGAGGUGAAAUGUAUUGUCAAGGGUUCAUCGAAAUUGGUUAUAUUAAAGUGGUAAUAGUGUAAAUUCUCGAGAAAAGUUCAAAAAGUUAUUAGAGUGGAAUCUGGAAAUAAACAAGAAAAAAGUCUGUUCUUAUAUUAGUGUCAACAAUACUUUGUUAACCUUCAUAUAUAUUAAGCAUUUUGUGAAGUUUUACUUAUUAACAUUUUUCAUAUCUUUGACACCACUUAGUUUUCUUUUGAAUCUUCAAAUGUGUAAUCGCCAUUAUAUUUUGAACUUCAUGCAAUACUUAAGUAUUGAGGGCUUUUUUGUCUUUGGUGUUAUUUAUAUUACUUCUUCUAUUACUUCAUAAUUUCAAAUGCUUAGUGUACGUACAGCUAUGGAGUGUAGAGAAGGAGUAACAUCUCUUAUGGACGGU